AAAAAAUCAAUACGGCCGCGGCAUACGCAAAACGCCGACGGGCGACGACCGUAGCCCGCGUAGGUGCAUCGUUUUCGUCUGGAAGUCAAGACGCGCGUGGCUUAAUAAUAGGUUUGUUCCAACACACGGUCAGACUAUCAUAGAACUGUCGGGAGCAUGAAGAAUAUUGCCAAAACCAAUCGGGCGUACGUCAUCGCGAAUCUGUCGACGAAUCACGAGGGAAACGCGACGCUGGCCUGCGAACUGAUCGAAACAGCAUGCAAAUGUGGCGCGGAUUAUGUAUUGAUGGAACUUGACGAAAAUACCAAUCCGUUUACUAGUGAAGAUAUCACAAACUUUCAUAAGUUGGCUCAAGAUAAUGGGGCUGUUUUCACGACCAAAUCGCUAGUGAAUUCAAUUCGUCAAAUUUCUCCAAUUCAACAAUUUAAAGAUAUAAAUAAUGACGAGGAUGAAAUUAGUAGUGAUUUGCAACUAGCGUUUCCAUCAAUUCCAGAAAAGGAUAUUUCUGAAGAUCGUAAAUCAUUCGAAACCGUCGAUCUAGUGGAAAAAAUACAACAAAAGUUUCCCAAACAUGAACUCCAGUUUUGGGAAUUUCAAGAAAUAAGCACGUGCCUUCCUGAAGUGGUUAUUGCUAUCGGAAUAAAAGCGAUAUCUUGCAAGUUUACGUUGGACGAUAAAUCAAUCGGAUACGAUCACGCGAUGUCUAUCUCCACUCGAGACUUCCGUACUAUGGUGACAAAUAUUAGGACAGUUGAAGUUGCACUAGGAACAGGGAAAAAAGACAAACUCUCCCCAUCUGAACUGCCAUGCUUCAAAAAGUUGUUCAAGAGCGUUGUUGCUGCAAAAAAUUUAGAGCGUGGAUCCAUAUUAAAAGCAGAAGAUAUGAAAAUCAAAGUUAGUGACACACAGAGUAUGUGUGGAUUUUACUUCCCAGUAGUAAUCGGGCGACAGUUAUUAUCUGAAGUUGACGAAGAUGAUCCAAUUUUUGGUGUAUUAGUUUAA